UCGCCCAGACUCACCAGCCUCAAAUACACACCUUGCAAGUCUCUCUCUCAAGAAAUCAUCAAUCUUGUUCUUCUUCUUCCGUGAAGUUAGCACAAAAAUGAAGAUGCUGAGCAGCCCAAGCAUUGGAAGCUCCAAGAGGAGGCUAUCAAGCAGAGGGCUUGGUGGGGCUCUCAGAGAACAGAAGGCCAAGCUCUACAUCAUCCGGAGAUGUGUGGUCAUGCUCCUUUGUUGGCAUGACUAAAGAAAAGUCUUAGUUUUUAGGGGGAAUCAGAGGAUUUUUUAUCUUCUUUUUUUCUUCUUUUCCAAAUUUUUUUGGUGGAGUGUACAUAGCGGCAGGGCGGCGACGGCAAUGGCGAUGACGAUGAUGAUAUUUUUGAAGGAAAGACUUAGCAAGUUUUGUACCACUUUUCCUAAUCGGCUACAUAUGUAAAUCGGAUAACUUCAGCUUAAUCGAAAAGCUCUUAUAAUUCUCUCGUA